UCAGAGCAAAAUUCAAUGCAAAUAUGUUUAUUUAGAGUCUUAAAUAAUAAGAGUCACGCACCAUGUCAUGAUUUUAAUACUGAAAAGGGGUUUUCAAGCUUCGUAAGCGCUUAGAAAUCACAAUGGGAAAAGCAAGCAGACAUAUUUCGAAAUCUCAAUAGUUUUUAACCCGCAACUGCAUAGGUUUAAAAACUUUGACGAUUGACACCAACCAUGUGUGUUUUUUACCUGCAAAGUAACUGUCUUCUACACAAAAGGUGGCAUACAUAUCAAAACACGGCCCACUAAAAAACUACAUAAAUGAUUGGCUACGCUCGCUACAGUCAAAGUGCACUUUAUUCACAUGACGUGAGACACCACCGGCGAAGCAACGCUUAUAUAGCAAGAGAUUGGUCUGGUCCAAUACCCUGAGCCACGAACAAGCAUGGAGAAAGGGGCGGGCAUGGACGACAGAACGUUUGUUUAUGAUCAGUACGAUUUGAACCAUGCAUUCGGAGUGUCUACAUCAGAUAUUACCAAUGGAGUUACGCUUAAUUUCGACGACCUUCUGGUUAAAACUUGGGAAAUUGCGCAAUCAAAUGCGGUUAGCAACUACGAAUUAAAGAUAGAAUGUCGCAGAGUGCCGGGUCCACUAGGUAUAGUUGCACAACUAAAUACACAGAGAACGUCAAACAGAAGAAAACCUCAGGUUUUCAAUAACGUUUCUUUGCCUUUCAAUCCAGAUCAAUUCAACUUUACCAAAAUCAAACAAAAUGAACUUCUUUUCAAUAUUUAUAAAAAAGAUGGACAUUCUCGCACCCUUGUUGGCUCGUGUGUUGUUAAUGUAAGUCCUUUUGCCAAAUGUCAUUCCCUUAUUGUGCCUGAUCCAAACUCAUGCAGACCACAAAUCAUGGCGGUGGAUGGAAUAAAGUUGGCAUUAGAACUCCAGGCGUUAAGUCGAAAUAAAACUUUGGUGACUGUGUUUAACAGUAUGUGUGGUCAAGCAUCUGUCAAUCAUUUGCAUCUACAUUGUUACUAUAUGCCUAAAAUUAAUGAUGAAAAACAGCACGUUACAUUACCAAUGCUUCAACAAACUUUUACCAAAACUUUAAAAAUUUCCAAAAACUGUGUUUUAUGCAAAGAGUUACCUGUUCCUGCAUUCAUGUUUACAAUUUCCUCUGCUGAUGACAUCACAUUGACUGCUUAUGACCUCACCAAGAUCACUGAUUACUUUGUAGAAAAAGAUAUUGCACAUAACGUGGUGAUUAUCAAAAGUAAAGAUUCCACAACUUUAGAAGCUGCUUCAGAAGUUACUUUUCCUGUUAUUCGUGUUUUUCUGUGGGCAAGAAAAAAGUUGCAUGAUAUAAAAGCAGAUAUAAAAAUGGCAAUGGGAGCUUGUGAGUUGGCUGGUCAUGUGUUUACUGGGGAAAAGUAUCAUAGUUUGAGUGAAGAUGGUAUGUUGAAAGUGUAUGAUAAAGUCAGAUUACAAGAUUCCGUCUUCCAACAGAUAGUACAGGAUGUAGAAGCCAAAUUAAACUAAGUAAACUUGAGUUGUUGAGUAAACUUUUUUUCUAUCAUAGUUUGAUAACAUAAUCUUUAUUGGUUAACAAUAUUGGGGUAAUUUAUUAUUUUGAAGUAUUGUUUCUUUAUUUCCUUUCAAAUAGACUUCCCCGUUCUAAUCUAAAGAUCUUACCUGUUUAAGAAUUGUAAAUGUCAAAAUGUUAUACUGGAAACUUUUGUUUUAUCAAAAGUAUACUAAUAAUUACCAAAGACCAAUUUGUCGAUUUUUUAAAAGGGUAAUGUUCAUAUAUUUAUUAAUUUUGUUUUAGUUGGCCAUUUUUUGUGCAACUAAUAUUUUAAAUCAAAAUUUUAAACCUCUAUGCAACAAAAUUUGCCUUGUUUUUCUCACAAAGAUAACACAGUAAGGUGGAAGAAGAUGGGACACCCUAUAUAUUUUUUCGUCCCAUUUGCUAGUAAACAAAGAACGUUUAAAGAAUUAUAAAACUGUAUCCUUAUUCCUUGUGCUAAAGUUGUCCCAUCUUUCCCACUCUACUAUAUAACUUAUAGUUGCAUUUUUACUGUGUUAACCAGCCAUAUCAACUGUAGGAAUUGUUUUAAUACCUCGGUGGGUUAUAACAUGGAUGUUCGGAACCACACCUUAUAUAUGAAUGAAAUAAUAUAUCCAAUGGUUAUCGAUAAACUUCUUUGUAAUGAGUAUUAAUCACCUAUCGUAGUUGAUCACAGCUUAAAGAAAUAACUGUUCAGUAACUUGUUUAUUGUGGAUGUUAAACACCAACCAACCAUACAUUAGUUUGAUUGACCAAUUUAAAACAAAUGUAAACGUUUUCAUUUUUUUUGUACUGAAUACUUACUUCCCCAAACAUGACAGCAAUGUUCACUGUAACUUUCCCAGUUUAUUGUAAUUAUUUAGGCACUAAAUAACACCGUAGUUAUGCGUCAGCGUUAAGGUAAUUCUUUUCUUUGUUUUAACUAUUGAAAAUUUCUUCUACAGCUUUUAUCAAUAGCUUUAUGUAUCUUUAAUUUAUCUUAUAUAUUUAAAGAAACGAAUUUCUGAAUACUUUAAUUAUCAUCGCAACUGCUGUAUUUCUUCAAACAGGUUAAAUACAAAACAAAACGUUAUUAUAAACUAUUAAGUGCUUUCAAUACAUCUUGAACUGCCGGUGUGUGAGAUGCAUUUCGUCCACAAAUCUGCAAUACAAAA